AUGGAGCGCCUUCCCCCUAACAGAAGACGGUCGAAGGUGCCGCCAGAGCAGAGGAAACGAGUCUCCAGAGCAUGCAACGGUUGUAACGUUCGACGCAUCAAAUGUACUGGCGACAAGCCCUGCCGACAAUGCCGUUCGGCAGGCCGGUCAUGCGAGUAUCCUUCCGCCGCGGAAGAGAGAAUCACUAUAUCCCGCGCAACCUACGAGGACCUGCAGGCUAGCGAACAGUUCCUGCAGAAGUGCCUUAGCGCGGCGAUCCCGUCGGAGAAAGACCGUCUGGAACUGAUGAGACGGGUCCGGACUGCACACGACCCUUCUCCCUCUCAGAGUGGUAGUGCGACUCCUCUGAAGAACCUCAAUUCUUCCGACUCAGACGAAGUCUUGGACGGAGGCCGUCUACUAGCCGAUCCGGACGGCCACCGGAGAUAUCUAGGUAAUUCGUCCGGCGCGGCCUUCCUGGACCAACUUCGGGAGUUUGCCAGCACGGUAUUGCCACUGGUCUCCCAUGGGGAUGGCUGUCUAGGCCCGUCGCAGAUGGAGGAUUCAUUCGCCGCCUUGCUGGGUCGAUAUCAGACGCAUGACUCUCGUCCGCUGUUUCUCCCACAGGUUGAUCCAUAUCAUCUCCCAUCAUUAACCGAGGCAGAGACACUUCUUUCUACCUUGCCCAGUUUUGACGAGCAAACGAACCACACACUGCGACAAGCCUAUUCUCCCCAGCUGCUCGACGGUCUGUCUAUGCGGUCGAGCCUUCUGGCCAUCUUGAAUGCUGCAUUGGCUGUGGCCAGCAAACAAGCAACAGCCACUCGGACAGUGGGUUCCGAGCCGAGUCAGAGUUACUUUGCGCGCGCGAAACUGCUGCUCCAAAACCCCCUGGAAACCGCCACUCCAGCCCAUAUCCCGUGUCUUUCCAUGAUGGGCUACUAUCUCCUGGGCGAGAAUCGCAGAGACGCCGCUUACUCCUACAUCCGACUGGCAGGGCACAUCGCCAUCACGUAUGGAUUCCAUGAAAGCUGGAUGACGGGCGAAAGGGAGAAACGCCAGUUUUGGACGGUCUACGUGCUUGACAGGUUCGUGAGCUGUCUUCUCGGACGGCCCAACAUGAUAUCAGAUGAUGAUAUCGGAGUUGACUUGCCCAAGGAUGAGCCUGGACUUCCAUGUGCCGAGGGCCUUCGUGCCCACGUACAACUGGCCAGGAUCAUAGGCCUCGCUAUGAGCAAAAUAUACGGUCAUCGACGGGGCCACGUUCUUGGAGUGAGCCAUAUCCCCGCUUUCCUCGCGGAUUUGGAGAGAUGGUGCUCGCAGUUACCUCCUUCCUUAAAUGUCUCUCGUUGUUCUGCACAAGGAGCAAACCGCGAUCUAUUGUCUCUACACAUGACCUACAAUCAGACAAUCAUCCUUCUUACCAGACCGCUCUUGUUUUCUGCAGUCAAACAUGCCGUGGCUCGCUGUUUUGUACCUUAUCCUGCGGACCCAAAGAAGCUGCCGAAUGAGCAGCUCUUGAGUGUCUGUACAACCGCCGCGCAAAAGAACGCGGAACUGUUCCACCAUCUGUGGGAGACAAUCGUCUCUAGAGACACGUCCGGACUGACGAUGGUCGACUACCACAAUUCGUUCAACGCGGCGUUGAUCCUGGAACUUGUGCGUCUUCGGAACCCAACCGCUCAUGUCGCCAGCACGGACGACACGAACUCGGUGCACAUUACGACCAUCACCGACGUUCUGCGGAUUGCUGGCCAGAAGGCAAUAAUACCCAAUCGUCAGCAGCAAAGGCAGACUCUAGCUGUGAUAAUGUACGGCAUGAAGAUGAAGAUCAAGAUCUGA